AUGCAAAAGUUUGAAAAUUUCGCAAGGAAAUUUUUUACAAAAUAUCAAGAUCAUGGCUAUAUUGAAUUUGAAAACGAACCUGAUUUCAAUCCAGAUGGAUCUUGGUUUAUGAAGAAGAUGGUUAAAGCAAAAGAAGUUCUUAAUUCAAUUAAUAGUUCAGUCAAAUUAAUUCAUGCAGGAAUUGGUUUAGCAAAUAUGAACUGGUUUGAUGAAACAAUGAAAGUCCCUGGAGCUGUCAACUCUUUUGACAUAAUGGCGCUUCACCCUUAUACAGAUCAAUUCAUUAAUUUUGGACAAAUGAGAAGACUUAAGAAUAUGCUUGAAGGAUGGCCAAGGCAUAUCAAAGAAAAAUAUGGUAAAGAUGUUCCUCUAUGGAUUACUGAGAUGGGAAUGUCAACACCAUACAUUGCUUGGUAUGAUUAUUACAAAUGGAUCUUGAAUGUUAGUUCAAACAUCCUCUUUGAUGGUAAGAUUCCAAACAUUGCAAUGUUUUUUGAUGCAAAAUUCAGCUCAGAUGAAUUUGGAAUGAAUCAUCCUUAUAAUGUAAUUCCUUCAACAUUAUCAGCAGUUUUUGGAAAGAAAGUCAAACAAUUCAAUCUUAAGACAAUUAAAAACAUUAAAGUUGAAGAAUAUCCUAUCCUUUUCUUACCAUUUGGAGAAAUGUUCCCUUUGAACAUAUAUGAUGAUGUUUUCGAAUAUGUUAAAAAUGGAGGCACAAUAUAUGUGAAUGAAGGAUAUUCAUUCUAUUAUACAUGGUAA